AUGCAAAGAUUUUAUAAAUUUUUAAAUAUUGAAAAACCAAUGAACCAUUCAGAGUUAUUGAAAGCAUUUUCAAUGCAAAAGAUUUAUUUACAUGAUGCUAAGAAAGUCACUAUUCUCACAUCAAAAAAAGGUGGUGGUUUAUCAGCACCUAGAAUUUUCAAAUAUAAAUUCUUAGAACCAAUCAUAUUUUGGAAUAAGGACGUUCACUUUGAAUAUCAAAAAAAAUUUGAUACUGAACCACGUGUUUUAGUUGAAAAUCUUAAUGGAAGUGAACACACCAUUCCAAUCAAUUCAAAAAAUGCCGAUCAAAUUUUAGAAGAAAUUUUAAGAGCUACAAAUGGAAAAAGAGUCGAUGUUAACAUUCCAAUUUAA